GACGACUUGUCAACAAGUGGGUUGGGGCCAAAAACAAAGAGGAACUUUAUAAUCUGCUCACAAAUACGAUAAUGAUACGACGAUUAAAGAAGGAUGUGUUGAAGGAACUACCUGAAAAAAAUAGAAUUAAAGUCCCUUUAGACAUCACAGACGGCAAAUCCCAAAAGGUUUUGGCGGAGGUGCAGCAAGCUCAGAAGACUAUGAGAGAGUUGAGUAGAGAGAGCCUUAUGAAUGGUGAUGGGCGCCAGAGGUCUCAAGGAUUCCUCGAAAUAUGGAGGAAAACUGGCGAGGCUAAAAUAGGGGCUGUCAAGGACUAUCUCGAUUAUCUACUUGACAACGAUUGUAAGAUGCUUGUCUUCGCUCAUCAUCGUAGUAUGCUCGAUAAGCUUGAGGAGAAAGUUGAAGGGAUCCUACAUAUAAAGGGGAGCUCAGCUGGGAAGAACUUCGGGCUAAUACGUAUAGAUGGGCAGACUCCACAGACCAAGCGACCAGAAUUAGUAAAGAAGUUCCAGGAGGACGAUGACAUCAGAGUUGCUGUCCUGUCCAUCACUGCUUGCUCUGAAGGAUUGACAUUGACUGCUGCUAGUGUAGUAGUCUUUGCUGAGCUCUAUUGGGUACCUGGCACCAUCGAGCAGGCUGAGGCACGAGUGCAUCGAAUUGGCCAAACUAAGAGUUGUGUGGAUAUACAUUACCUAAUAGCUAGAGGCUCUCCAGAUGAAGCGGUGUAUGCCUGUUUGAAGCGAAAGAAGGAGGACACAUCUGCCAUCCUUAAUGGUGAAGUCGAAACUCUAAAGGCAUAUGACUCACCAAUCGGAAGCGGCGGCCGCCGCUUUGGUGGUAUCAAAAGGAUGCGGUCAAUCGCUGAGCUCAUGAAUACGGUUGAGGCAGCUGUUGAGGAGGUCACUGAAGAGAUGCCACCAGCCGCUAAACGAUCAGUUACGUCAUUAGGGGACGGCUGA